CACGUGUAACGAUUGCAUCGGAUCUGACUGAAUUUUACAAAAAAGAAUCUUUUUGACUUUUCUCUAAGUCCUAAUCUUGAUAUUUCUACUUAUUUCACCGGCGGCGAUUGGCCGGGAAAUGACGUCAAAGAUUCUUUCUGCUCUUCCCACUCACUAUCCUCCCCAGCCGGUUCGCCGGCCAUUUAUGCCUUCCGGCAAAAACAUUCUAUUAUUUCAAGAUUCCUCACGAUUGAUAUCAUACAAGCAUAAAGAAAAAGUCUUAAUUUCACCUUUUAUUAAGCCCAAGAAAGCCUCUCCAAGUGUAAUUGUCAAUUCCCACUUGAAUUUCCCAAUCAUUUCUUCACAAGAUCAUUUGGGCACCUGGACUGCUCUUUUCGCCACUGGAGCUUUCGGCAUCUGGUCAGAAAAAACCAAGAUUGGGAGUGCAUUGAGUGGUGCAUUGGUUAGUACUUUAGUGGGUUUGGCUGCUAGUAAUCUAGGAAUUAUUGCAAGUGAAGCACCAGCUUAUAAUGUUGUACUGAAUUUCCUGCUGCCACUUGCUGUUCCAUUGCUGUUGUAUAGAGCAGAUAUGCGACGAGUGAUUAGGUCCACUGGCACAUUACUCCUGGCCUUCUUGCUAGGAUCAGUUGCAACAACGAUUGGUACUGCUGUGGCUUUCCUGAUGGUGCCAAUGCGAUCGCUUGGUCAAGAUGGUUGGAAAAUUGCUGCUGCUCUAAUGGGAAGGCAUAUCGGUGGAGCCGUAAACUAUGUUGCAAUUUCUGAAGCUCUCCAAGUCUCUCCUUCGGUUUUAACUGCUGGACUAGCUGCAGAUAAUGUUAUUUGUGCAGUAUAUUUCUCCACAUUGUUCGCAUUGGCAUCUAAAAUACCAGCUGAGUCUUCAACUUCAACUUCUGAUAUUGAAGUUACUGAGGAAUCAGAAUCUAGAAAUAAGCUUCCUGUACUACAGACUGCAACGGCCCUUGCUGCAUCCUUUGCUAUUUGCAAGACUGGUAGUUUUCUAACGAAGUAUUUUGGCAUUCAAGGAGGUGGUCUUCCAGCAAUUACGGCUAUAGUUGUUAUUUUAGCAACUGUAUUUCCAAAGCAAUUUGCUUACCUUGCACCUUCUGGUGAGGCUAUGGCAAUGAUAUUGAUGCAGGUAUUUUUCACGGUUGUGGGUGCAAGCGGGAGCAUUAGGAAUGUCAUAACUACGGCACCCAGUAUUUUCCUUUUUGCUCUAGUCCAGAUUGCUGUUCAUCUUGCCAUAAUCCUUGGAUUUGGAAAAUUGUUCAGGUUCGACCAAAAGCUAUUGCUUAUAGCAUCGAAUGCAAAUGUCGGAGGCCCGACAACAGCCUGUGGAAUGGCCACUGCCAAAGGUUGGAGUUCUUUGGUCGUCCCUGGAAUUCUUGCCGGUAUUUUUGGCAUAGCAAUUGCAACUUUUCUUGGCAUUGCUUUUGGACAAGCUGUUCUCAAAUUCAUGUAACUUUUGAAUUGCUUAAAAUGGGGGGCUUUUCUUGAAUCUUUGUGCUCUUAAGCUCUAACUGGACACAACCAGCUGCAUACCGGAAUUUUCCGCUUUCAGAAAUUCAGGAUUAUUACAAUUUACGCUUUGCUAUGAUUUUAUUCAUUUCAAACCUUGUAGUA